AUGUACAUUCUACCCAAAAUCGCAGCACAAGUGGCAGUCAUAUCGGUCGACGUCAACCAAUGGAAUUUACCGAGUGGGAUCGAAUUGGCGGAUCCGACAUUCUUCAAAGGUGGCUCAGUUGACUUGGUAUUGGGAGCUGAGGCCUUUUUCGAUUUUUUCACAACUGGCCGUAAAAUCCGACUGGGAAACAACUUACCCUCGUUGGUGGAGUCUGUGUUUGGAUGGGUGGUUACGGGCAAAUGUUCGGUGGCUGCUUCCGUUAAAUCUGUCGUUUGCGACCUUGCAAUAAAUUACAAUUUAGAUAACCUAUUGGAGAAGUUCUGGGGAUCUAAAGACAUUGGACAAAAGCACAACUACUCUCCCGAGGAAUCAAGAUGUAUGGAGUAUUUCACUAAAACUACCCGACGGCAGCCUUCGGGUCGGUAUACUGUGUCCUAUCCGAGAAAUGAUAAGUUACUAGCCAAGCUAGGUGAUUCGAAGGAGAUAGCUGAGCGUAGAUUCUUACAAAUAGAGAAGCGAUUGGGGCGUGAUGAGAAACUGCGAGAACAAUAUGCUGACUUUAUGAAGGUGUAUGAAUCCAUGGGCCACAUGAAAUUAAUCGAUGAUGAACACGAUACGGACGUUAAGCGAUGUUUUCUCUCACAUCAUCCAGUGGUGAAAGAAGAUAACACAACCACUAAGGUGCGGGUGGUAUUUGAUGCCUCCGCAAAAACAUCUAGCAACGCUUCCUUGAAUGAUAGCUUGCUGGUCGGUCCGGCCAUUCAAGAAGAUUUGCGUUCGAUAAUUCUUCGUAGCCGCACACGCCAGGUGAUGGUGGUCGCCGAUAUAGAAAAGAUGUUUCGGCAAAUUGAAAUUCAUCCCGAAGACCGACAAUUUCAGUGCAUUCUGUGGCGUACCUCUCCCAACGUCCCUCUGUCUACAUAUGAACUAUCGACAGUCACAUAUGGUACCAAGCCAGCACCGUUUCUUGCAACAAGGGUACUUAUGCAGCUGGCCACUGAUGAGGAGAAGCGGUUUCCGUUGGCUUCGACUGCUGUUAGAGAGGACUUUUAUAUGGACGACGUGAUAACAGGUGCUGACGAUCCAGUCACGGCUACAGAACUUCGUAUCCAACUGCAGGAGAUGCUACGCAGUGGUGGGUUUUGGCUACGAAAGUUUGCUUCUAAUUGUGAAACCGUACUGGCAGGAUUACCGGAGGAAGAACUCGCAAUUCAAGCAGAUGAUGGGAUUAAUCUGGACCAAGAUCCCAUGGCUAAAACUUUAGGUUUAGUUUGGAUACCAAAAACAGACGUUUUACGAUUUCGCUUUCGCAUACCCGCUUUGUCAUCAGAUGUUUCCCUGUCGAAAGAAAGGUUCUUUCGAUAA